AUGUGGCCAGAGCAAGCAGGGUGUCACGAUGCAUGCCGUUUGAAAAACGAACUUGAAGCUACGUUAGAAAUGAUUUUAUCCCUCUGCGUGUUUCCUCUUGAGAAUGUCCCCCCAGACCUCUCCAUCUGCACCUUUGUGCUGGAACAGUCCCUCUCUGUCCGGGCCCUACAGGAGAUGCUGGCGAACACGAUGGAGAAGUCAGAAGGGGCAAUUGAUGUGGAAAAAUGGAAAUUCAUGAUGAAGACUGCUCAAGGGGGUGGUCAUCGGACACUCCUCUACGGACACGCCAUCCUGCUGCGCCACUCCAACAGCGGCAUGUACCUGUGCUGCCUGUCCACCUCCCGGUCUUCAACUGACAAGCUGGCCUUUGACGUUGGCUUGCAAGAGGACACAACAGGCGAGGCUUGCUGGUGGACCAUACACCCCGCCUCCAAGCAGCGGUCCGAGGGAGAGAAGGUGCGCGUCGGCGAUGACCUCAUCUUAGUGAGUGUGUCCUCCGAAAGGUACCUGCACCUGUCCUAUGGCAGCGGCAGCAGCAGCCUGCACGUGGACGCCGCUUUCCAGCUGACGCUCUGGAGCGUGGCCCCCAUCAGCUCAGGAAGUGAAGCGGCCCAAGGGUACCUGAUUGGCGGCGACGUCCUGAGGUUGCUGCACGGACACAUGGACGAGUGCCUCACCGUCCCCUCCGGGGAGCAUGGGGAGGAGCAGCGGAGAACUGUUCAUUAUGAAGGUGGUGCCGUGUCUGUCCACGCCCGGUCCCUGUGGAGACUGGAGACGCUGAGAGUUGCGUGGAGUGGGAGCCACAUACGGUGGGGCCAGCCUUUCCGACUGCGGCAUGUCACAACGGGAAAGUACCUGAGUCUCAUGGAAGACAAGAACCUUCUCCUCAUGGACAAAGAGAAAGCCGAUGUGAAGUCUACAGCCUUCACCUUCCGCUCUUCCAAGGAAAAAUUGGAUGCAGGGGUGAGAAAAGAAGUCGAUGGCAUGGGAACCUCUGAGAUCAAGUAUGGAGACUCGGUCUGCUACAUACAGCAUGUGAACACAGGCCUGUGGCUGACUUACCAGGCCGUGGACGUGAAGUCUGUGAGGAUGGGAGCCAUACAGCGCAAGGCCAUCAUGCAUCACGAAGGCCACAUGGACGACGGCAUAAACUUGUCCAGGUCCCAGCACGAAGAGUCGCGGACAGCGCGGGUCAUCCGGAGCACCGUCUUCCUUUUCAACAGGUUUAUAAGGGGCCUGGAUGCUCUGGGCAGGAAGGCGAAGGCGCCCCCAGUGGACUUGCCCAUCGAGUCGGUCAGCCUGAGCCUGCGGGACCUGAUCAGCUACCUGCACCCGCCGGCCGAGCACCUGGAGCACGAGGACAGGCAGAACCGGCUGCGGGCCCUGAAGAACCGGCAGAACCUCUUCCAGGAGGAGGGGAUGAUCAGCCUCGUGCUCCAGUGCGUGGACCGGCUGCACGUCUACAGCAGCGCCGCCCACUUUGCCGAGGUCGCUGGCAGAGAGGCGGGGGAGGCCUGGAAGUCCAUUCUGAAUUCCCUGUAUGAGUUGCUGGCGGCUCUAAUUAGAGGAAAUCGUAAAAACUGUGCCCAGUUUUCUGGCUCCCUCGACUGGCUGGUCAGCCGACUGGAAAGACUGGAAGCUUCUUCUGGUAUUCUUGAAGUUUUGCACUGUGUGUUAGUAGAAAGUCCAGAAGCUCUAAAUAUUAUCAAAGAAGGGCAUAUUAAAUCCAUUAUUUCACUUUUAGACAAGCAUGGAAGAAAUCACAAGGUUCUGGACGUCUUGUGCUCUCUCUGCGUUUGCCACGGGGUGGCAGUCCGUUCCAACCAGCAUCUCAUCUGUGACAAUCUCCUGCCCGGAAGGGACCUGUUACUGCAGACACGCCUUGUGAACCACGUCAGCAGCAUGAGGCCUAACAUUUUCCUGGGCGUCAGCGAAGGCUCUGCGCAGUAUAAGAAGUGGUACUAUGAGCUGAUGGUGGACCACACAGAGCCCUUCGUGACGGCCGAAGCCACCCACCUGCGCGUGGGCUGGGCGUCCACGGAAGGGUACUCUCCCUACCCCGGAGGGGGCGAGGAGUGGGGCGGGAACGGCGUUGGAGACGACCUCUUUUCCUAUGGAUUUGACGGCCUGCACCUCUGGGCAGGCUGUAUCGCCAGCACCGUGAGCUCGCCAAACCAGCACCUGCUGAGGACCGAUGACGUCAUCAGCUGCUGUUUAGAUCUAAGUGCCCCAAGCAUCUCAUUCCGAAUUAAUGGACAGCCUGUUCAGGGGAUGUUUGAGAACUUCAACAUCGAUGGCCUCUUCUUUCCCGUUGUUAGUUUCUCUGCAGGAAUCAAGGUACGCUUUCUGCUUGGGGGGAGACACGGAGAAUUUAAAUUCCUUCCCCCACCGGGCUAUGCUCCUUGUUAUGAAGCUGUGCUGCCAAAAGAAAAGCUGAAAGUGGAACACAGCCGCGAGUACAAGCAGGAGAGAACUUACACCCGGGACCUGCUGGGCCCCACAGUUGCCCUGACCCAAGCCGCCUUCACGCCGGUCCCCGUGGACACCAGCCAGAUCGUGUUGCCCCCCCACCUGGAGAGGAUAAGAGAAAAGCUGGCAGAGAACAUCCACGAGCUCUGGGUUAUGAAUAAAAUUGAACUUGGCUGGCAGUAUGGCCCGGUCAGAGAUGACAACAAGAGGCAGCACCCGUGUCUGGUGGAGUUCUCCAAGCUGCCGGAGCAGGAGCGCAACUACAACCUGCAGAUGUCGCUCGAGACCCUGAAGUGAGUUCUUGGCUUCCCCUCCCACGCAUCCUCCCUGGAAGGGUUGAGUGUUAAUUACCAGCUGACAAGUGGCUACAAGCCGGCACCGAUGGACCUGAGCUUUAUCAAACUCACCCCGUCUCAGGAAGCAAUGGUGGACAGACUGGCAGAAAACGCUCACAACGUGUGGGCCCGGGACCGGAUCCGGCAGGGCUGGACCUACGGCAUCCAGCAGGACGUCAAGAACAGAAGAAACCCACGCCUCGUGCCCUACACCCUUCUCGAUGACAGAACCAAGAAGUCCAACAAGGACAGCCUCCGGGAGGCGGUGCGCACGCUGCUGGGGUACGGGUACAGCCUGGAGGCGCCCGACCAAGACCACGCUGCCCGAGCAGAAGUGUGCAGCAGCCCCGGGGAACGGUUCCGGAUCUUCCGGGCUGAGAAAACCUACGCCGUGAAGGCGGGAAGGUGGUACUUUGAGUUCGAGGCUGUCACUGCUGGGGACAUGCGCGUUGGCUGGAGCAGGCCAGGCUGCCAGCCUGAUCAGGAGCUGGGCUGCGACGAACACGCCUUCGCCUUUGACGGCUUCAAGGCCCAGCGGUGGCACCAGGGCAAUGAGCACUACGGGCGCUCCUGGCAAGCAGGCGAUGUCAUGGGGUGCAUGGUGGACAUGACGGAGCGCACCAUGAUGUUCACACUCAACGGCGAAAUCCUUCUUGAUGACUCAGGGUCAGAACUGGCUUUUAAGGACUUUGAUGUUGGUGACGGAUUCAUACCUGUGUGCAGCCUUGGGGUGGCUCAGGUGGGAAGGAUGAACUUUGGAAAGGACGUGAGCACCUUGAAGUAUUUCACCAUUUGUGGCUUACAGGAGGGCUAUGAGCCAUUCGCCGUUAAUACAAACAGGGACAUUACCAUGUGGCUAAGCAAGCGACUUCCUCAGUUUCUCCAGGUUCCAUCAAACCACGAACAUAUUGAGGUGACCAGAAUAGACGGCACCGCGGACAGCUCUCCGUGUUUAAAGGUCACUCAGAAGUCCUUCAGUUCCCAGAACAGCAGCACGGACAUCAUGUUCUACCGGCUGAGCAUGCCCAUCGAGUGCGCAGAGGUCUUCUCCAGGACGGCGGCCGGGGGGCUCCCGGGUGCCGGCCUCUUCGGGCCCAAGAGUGAUCUGGAGGAUUACGACGUGGAUUCUGAUUUUGAGGUUCUGAUGAAGACAGCUCAUGGCCAUCUGGUGCCCGAUCGAGUGGACAAAGACAAAGAAGCUACAAAACCGGAGUUUAAUAACCACAAAGAUUACGCGCAGGAAAAGCCCUCUCGUCUGAAACAAAGAUUCUUGCUUAGAAAAACAAAGCCGGAUUACAGCACGAGCCAUUCCGCAAGGCUCACUGAGGAUGUCCUUGCGGAUGAUCGGGACGACUACGAGUACCUGAUGCAGACGUCCACGUACUAUUACUCGGUGAGGAUCUUCCCUGGACAGGAGCCGGCCAGCGUCUGGGUGGGCUGGGUCACGGCCGACUUCCACCAGUACGACACGUGCUUCGACUUGGACAGAGUUCGCACCGUCACCGUGACUCUGGGAGACGAAAAAGGGAAAGUGCACGAGAGCAUCAAACGCAGCAACUGCUACAUGGUGUGUGCGGGCGAGAGCAUGAGCCCCGGGCAGGUCCGCAACAGCAACGGGCUGGAGAUCGGCUGCGUGGUGGACGCCGCCAGCGGGCUGCUCACCUUCACGGCCAACGGCAAGGAGCUGAGCACCUACUACCAGGUGGAGCCAAGCACCAAAUUAUUUCCUGCAGUUUUUGCACAAGCCACAAGUCCCAAUGUUUUCCAGUUUGAGUUGGGAAGAAUAAAGAACGUGAUGCCUCUCUCGGCGGGACUCUUCAAGAGCGAGCACAGGAACCCCGUGCCUCAGUGUCCCCCGCGCCUCCACGUGCAGUUCCUGUCCCACGUCCUGUGGAGCAGGAUGCCCAACCAGUUUCUGAAGGUGGACGUGUCACGGGUCAGCGAGCGCCAGGGCUGGCUGGUGCAGUGCGUGGACCCCCUGCAGUUCAUGUCCCUGCACAUCCCGGAGGAGAACAGGUCCGUGGACAUCCUGGAGCUGACGGAGCAGGAGGAGCUGCUGCGCUUCCACUCGCACACCCUGCGGCUCUACUCGGCCGUGUGUGCCCUGGGCAACCACCGCGUGGCACACGCGCUCUGCAGCCACGUGGACGAGGCACAGCUGCUGUACGCCAUCGAGAGCAAGUACAUGCCCGGCCUGCUGCGCACGGGCUACUACGACCUGCUCAUCGACAUCCACCUGAGCGCCUACGCCACCGCGCGGCUCAUGAUGAACAACGAGUUCAUCGUGCCCAUGACCGAGGAGACCAAGAGCAUCACGCUCUUCCCAGACAAGCACAAGGAGCACGGGCUGCCGGGCAUCGGCCUCAGCACCUCACUGCGGCCACGCAUGCGCUUCUCCUCGCCGAGCUUUGUGUGCCUCAAUCACGACUGCUACCAGUACAGCCCCGAGUUCCCACUGGACACGCUCAAGGCCAAGACCAUGCAGAUGCUGACUGAGGUGGUGCAGGAGGGUGGACUGCGCGCGAGGGACCCCGUAGGGGGCACCACUGAGUUCCUCUUCGUGCCGCUUAUCAAGCUCUUCUACACGCUGCUCACAAUGGGUGUCUUCCAAGGGGAGGACCUGAAGCACAUCCUGCAACUGAUUGAGCCCAGGGUGUUCAAGGAGGCCUCCCUGGAGGAGGAGCACCAGGCACCACUCAAGGAGCCCCACACCGAAGAUGCCAGGCCCGAGGGCAUACGAGGGGAUGCGGCAGAGGGGCUGCUGCAGAUGAAACUGCCUGAGCCAGUGAAGCUCCAGAUGUGCCUGCUCCUGCAGUACCUCUGCGACUGCCAGGUCCGACACCGCAUAGAAGCCAUCGUGGCCUUUUCAGACGACUUUGUCGCUAGGCUCCAGGACAACCAGCGCUUCCGCUAUAACGAAGUCAUGCAAGCCCUGAACAUGUCGGCCGCACUCACAGCCCGGAAGACGAAGGAGUUCAGGUCGCCCCCACAAGAACAGUCAAGUGGCGGAAUUGAGCUGGAUGACGAUGGGUCUCUGGACGGAAGCAGUGACCUAACAAUUAGAGGGCGCCUGCUGUCCCUGGUGGAGAAGGUGACGUCCCUGAAGAAGAAGCAAGCUGACAAGCCAGCGGAGAGUGACUCCGACAAGUCCUCCACUCUUCAGCAGCUGAUCUCUGAGACGAUGGUGCGGUGGGCUCAGGAGUCUGUCAUCGAGGACCCCGAGCUGGUGAGGGCCAUGUUCGUGCUGCUUCACCGGCAGUACGACGGCAUCGGGGGGCUGGUCCAGGCCCUGCCCAAGACCUACACCAUCAGCGCUGUCUCCGUGGAGGACACCAUCAACCUGCUGGCCUCCCUGGGCCAGAUCCGCUCUCUGCUGAGUGUGAGGAUGGGCAGAGAAGAGGAGAAGCUCAUGAUUCGGGGACUAGGGGACAUUAUGAAUAAUAAAGUGUUUUACCAGCACCCUAACCUCAUGAGGGCACUGGGGAUGCACGAGACAGUGAUGGAGGUCAUGGUGAACGUCCUUGGCGGUGGGGAGUCCAAGGAGAUCACUUUUCCCAAGAUGGUAGCCAACUGUUGCCGUUUCCUCUGUUACUUCUGUCGGAUAAGCCGGCAGAACCAAAAAGCUAUGUUUGACCAUCUCAGUUACUUAUUGGAAAACAGCAGUGUUGGUCUAGCUUCGCCAGCGAUGAGAGGUUCGACGCCCCUGGACGUGGCGGCGGCCUCGGUGAUGGACAACAAUGAGCUGGCCUUAGCGCUGCGCGAGCCGGACCUGGAGAAGGUCGUCCGGUAUUUGGCCGGCUGUGGACUGCAGAGCUGCCCGAUGCUGGUGGCCAAGGGGUACCCAGACAUCGGCUGGAACCCAGUCGAAGGGGAGAGAUAUCUCGACUUUCUCAGAUUUGCUGUUUUCUGUAACGGGGAGAGCGUGGAGGAGAACGCGAACGUGGUGGUGCGGCUGCUCAUCCGCAGACCCGAGUGCUUCGGGCCCGCCCUGCGCGGCGAGGGUGGGAACGGGCUCCUCGCAGCCAUGGAAGAGGCCAUCAAAAUCGCCGAGGACCCUUCUCGAGAUGGCCCCUCCCAACCAGCGGGUCCAGCAAAACCCCGUAGUGACACGGAGGAGGAGGACAACACCAUCCACAUGGGGAACGCCAUCAUGACCUUCUAUGCGGCUUUGAUCGACCUGUUAGGACGUUGUGCUCCUGAAAUGCAUUUGAUUCACGCCGGGAAGGGGGAAGCCAUCAGGAUCAGAUCAAUUUUGAGGUCCCUGAUUCCCCUGGGAGAUUUGGUGGGCGUGAUCAGCAUCACUUUCCAGAUGCCUGCGAUAGCCAAAGAUGGGAAUGUGGUGGAGCCUGACAUGUCUGCGGGGUUCUGCCCAGAUCACAAGGCAGCCAUGGUUUUGUUCCUUGACAGGGUCUAUGGCAUUGAGGUUCAGGAUUUCCUCCUCCACCUCCUGGAGGUUGGCUUUCUGCCAGAUCUCCGGGCUGCUGCUUCCUUAGACACGGCUGCUUUGAGUGCUACGGACAUGGCCUUGGCCCUCAAUCGGUACCUCUGCACGGCCGUGUUGCCUUUGUUAACAAGAUGUGCUCCUCUUUUCGCUGGCACAGAGCACCACGCUUCCCUCAUCGACUCGUUGCUUCAUACCGUGUACAGACUUUCUAAGGGCUGCUCACUGACCAAAGCUCAGCGGGAUUCCAUAGAAGUUUGUUUGCUCUCUAUUUGUGGCCAACUGAGACCUUCUAUGAUGCAGCACUUACUCAGGAGAUUCGUGUUUGACGUCCCGCUGUUAAAUGAGCAUGCAAAGAUGCCCCUUAAGCUGCUGACAAACCACUAUGAAAGGUGCUGGAAGUACUACUGUCUGCCAGGCGGGUGGGGGAACUUCGGAGCUGCCUCAGAGGAAGAACUUCAUUUAUCAAGAAAAUUGUUCUGGGGCAUUUUUGAUGCCCUGUCUCAAAAGAAAUAUGAACAAGAGCUUUUCAAACUGGCUCUGCCGUGCCUGAGUGCGGUGGCGGGCGCACUGCCCCCGGACUACAUGGAGUCAAACCACGUGGGCAUGAUGGAGAAGCAGUCAUCCAUGGAUUCGGAGGGGAACUUCAACCCGCAGCCUGUCGAAACCUCCAAUAUUACGAUUCCUGAGAAGCUGGAAUACUUCAUUAACAAAUAUGCUGAGCACUCCCACGACAGGUGGUCCAUGGACAAGUUGGCCAAUGGAUGGAUUUAUGGAGAAACUUAUUCAGACUCAUCUAAAGUUCAACCAUUAAUGAAGCCAUAUAAACUAUUAUCUGAAAAGGAAAAAGAAAUCUAUCGCUGGCCAAUCAAAGAAUCUUUGAAAACGAUGCUGGCUUGGGGCUGGAGAAUUGAGCGCACGCGGGAGGGGGACAGCAUGGCCCUCUACCACCGGACCCGGCGCAUCUCUCAGACCAGCCAGGUUUCUGUGGAUGCUGCUCAUGGGUACAGCCCCCGGGCCAUUGACAUGAGCAAUGUCACACUGUCCAGGGACCUGCAUGCUAUGGCAGAAAUGAUGGCUGAAAACUACCAUAAUAUAUGGGCAAAGAAGAAGAAAAUGGAACUGGAGUCCAAAGGAGGCGGGAACCACCCCCUGCUGGUGCCUUACGAUACGCUGACCGCCAAAGAGAAAGCCAAGGACCGGGAGAAAGCACAGGACAUCCUCAAGUUCUUGCAGAUCAACGGCUACGCUGUGUCCAGAGGGUUCAAGGACCUGGAGUUGGAUGCGCCUACGAUUGAGAAGCGAUUUGCCUACAGCUUCCUUCAGCAGCUCAUCCGCUACGUGGACGAAGCCCAUCAGUAUAUCUUGGAGUUUGAUGGCGGCAGCAGAGGCAAAGGACAGCGCUUCCCUUACGAGCAAGAAAUCAAGUUCUUUGCCAAAGUUGUCCUGCCUCUAAUUGAUCAGUAUUUCAAAAACCAUCGUUUAUACUUCCUGUCUGCAGCGAGCAGACCGCUGUGCUCUGGAGGACAUGCGUCAAACAAGGAGAAGGAAAUGGUGACGAGCCUGUUCUGCAAACUCGGAGUUCUUGUCAGGCAUAGGAUCUCACUGUUUGGAAACGAUGCAGCAUCCAUUGUCAACUGUCUUCACAUUUUGGGUCAGACUCUGGAUGCAAGGACCGUCAUGAAGACCGGCCUGGAGAGUGUGAAGGGCGCGCUCAGUGCGUUUCUGGACAGCGCAGCGGAGGACCUGGACAGGACCCUGGAGAACCUGAAGGAGGGCCAGUUCACGCACACCCGCAGCCAGCCGCGGGGCGUGACGCAGAUCAUCAACUACACGACGGUGGCGCUGCUGCCUGUGCUGUCCUCCCUGUUCGAGCACAUCGGCCAGCACCAGUUCGGGGAAGACCUGAUCCUGGAAGAUGUACAGGUGUCCUGUUAUAGAAUUCUGACGAGCUUAUAUGCUCUGGGGACGAGCAAGAGUAUUUAUGUGGAAAGGCAGCGAUCUGCGGUGGGCGAGUGUCUGGCGGCCUUUGCGGGUGCCUUCCCGGUGGCGUUUCUGGAAACUCAUCUCAACAAACACAACAGCUGCUCCAUCUACAACACUAGCUCCUCACGGGAGAGAGCAGCUCUCAAUCUGCCAGCCAACGUGGAAGAUGUUUGUCCAAAUAUCCCAUCUUUGGAGAAACUGAUGGAAGAGAUUGUGGAGCUGGCUGAGUCCGGGAUCCGCUACACGCAGAUGCCGCACGUGAUGGAAGUCAUCCUGCCCAUGCUUUGCAGCUACAUGUCCCGGUGGUGGGAGCAGGGGCCCGAGAGCAACCCCGAGAGGGCCGGGCUGUGCUGCACGGCUCUGAACUCGGAGCACAUGAACACCCUGCUGGGGAACAUCCUGAAAAUCAUCUACAACAACCUGGGGAUUGACGAGGGGGCCUGGAUGAAGAGGCUGGCAGUGUUUUCCCAGCCAAUUAUAAAUAAAGUGAAGCCUCAGCUCCUGAAAACUCAUUUCUUGCCAUUAAUGGAGAAACUGAAGAAAAAGGCAGCCAUGGUGGUUUCGGAGGAAGACCAUCUGAAAGCCGAGGCCAGAGGGGACAUGUCCGAGGCCGAACUGCUCAUCCUGGACGAGUUCACCACGCUGGCCAGGGACCUCUACGCCUUCUACCCGCUCCUGAUCCGAUUCGUGGACUACAACAGGGCAAAGUGGCUCAAAGAACCGAGCCCGGAAGCCGAGGACCUGUUCCGCAUGGUGGCCGAGGUGUUCAUCUACUGGUCCAAGUCCCACAACUUCAAAAGAGAGGAGCAGAACUUCGUGGUCCAGAACGAAAUCAACAACAUGUCCUUCCUCAUCUCUGACACCAAGUCCAAGAUGUCAAAGGCCGCUGUGUCCGACCAGGAGAGGAAGAAGAUGAGGCGGAAAGGAGACCGCUACUCCGUGCAGACCUCCCUCAUCGUGGCCGCGCUGAGGCGGCUGCUGCCCAUUGGGCUGAACAUCUGUGCCCCCGGAGACCAGGAGCUCAUUGCUCUGGCCAAGAACCGGUUGAGUAUGAAAGACACUGAGGAUGAAGUCCGAGAUAUAAUCCGCAGCAAUAUUCAUUUACAAGGCAAGUUGGAGGAUCCUGCUAUUAGAUGGCAAAUGGCUCUGUACAAAGACCUGCCGAACAGGCCUGAGGACAGCGCCGAUCCCGAGAAGACGGUGGAGCGAGUCCUGGACAUAGCGAGCGUGCUCUUCCAUCUCGAGCAGCAAGCUUUAGGCUCGCUCGGGUUCACGGGCUGUCUGUUCUUCCUGCAGGUGGAGCACCCUCAGAGGUCGAAGAAGGCCGUGUGGCACAAGCUGCUCUCGAAGCAGCGGAAACGGGCGGUGGUGGCCUGCUUCCGCAUGGCCCCUCUCUACAACCUGCCAAGGCAUCGGGCCGUCAAUCUUUUUCUUCAGGGGUAUGAGAAGUCCUGGAUUGAGACAGAAGAGCAUUACUUCGAGGAUAAACUGAUAGAAGACUUAGCGAAACCUGGAGCAGACCCUCCAGAGGAAGACGAAGGCACGAAGCGAGUUGAUCCUCUGCAUCAGCUGAUCCUUCUGUUCAGCCGAACGGCCUUAACGGAGAAAUGCAAACUGGAGGAGGAUUUUUUAUACAUGGCUUAUGCAGAUAUUAUGGCAAAGAGUUGUCAUGAUGAAGAUGACGAUGACAGUGAAGAAGAGGUGAAGAGUUUUGAAGUCACGGGAUCCCAGCGCAGCAAGGAAAAGGAAAUGGAGAAGCAGAAGCUUCUGUACCAGCAAGCCCGGCUGCAUGAGCGCGGCGCCGCCGAGAUGGUGCUGCAGACCAUCAGCGCCAGCAAAGGUGAAACUGGACCGAUGGUGGCUGCUACUUUGAAACUUGGAAUUGCUAUCCUAAAUGGUGGGAACUCCACAGUGCAGCAGCCAUCCUCAAAGCACUACCAAGUCGUCCUCGACCUAAACGCCUUUGAGCGGCAGAACAAAGCUGAAGGGCUGGGGAUGGUGACCGAGGAAGGAUCAGGCGAGAAGGUCCUUCAGGACGAUGAGUUCACCUGCGACCUCUUCCGCUUCCUGCAGCUGCUCUGCGAGGGGCACAACUCAGAUUUUCAGAAUUACCUGAGGACUCAGACUGGCAACAACACCACCGUGAACAUCAUCAUCUCCACCGUGGACUACCUGCUGCGGGUGCAGGAGUCCAUCAGUGAUUUCUAUUGGUACUACUCGGGGAAAGACGUGAUCGAUGAGCAAGGACAGCGGAACUUCUCCAAAGCAAUUCAAGUAGCAAAACAAGUGUUUAACACCCUCACAGAGUAUAUCCAGGGUCCGUGCACUGGGAACCAGCAGAGCCUGGCCCACAGCCGGCUCUGGGACGCCGUCGUGGGCUUCCUCCAUGUGUUUGCCCACAUGCAGAUGAAGCUGUCCCAGGAUUCCAGUCAAAUCGAGCUCCUGAAAGAGCUGAUGGACCUGCAGAAGGACAUGGUGGUCAUGCUGCUGUCCAUGUUGGAAGGUAACGUCGUGAACGGGACCAUCGGCAAGCAGAUGGUCGACAUGCUUGUGGAGUCGUCCAACAACGUGGAGAUGAUCCUCAAAUUCUUCGACAUGUUCUUAAAACUAAAGGACUUGACCUCUUCUGACACGUUUAAGGAAUACGACCCCGACGGCAAGGGCGUCAUCUCCAAGAGGGACUUCCACAAAGCGAUGGAGAGCCACAAGCACUACACGCCGUCGGAGACCGAGUUCCUGCUGUCCUGCGCGGAGACGGACGAGAACGAGACCCUGGACUACGAGGAGUUCGUGAAGCGCUUCCACGAGCCGGCCAAGGACAUCAGCUUCAACGUGGCCGUGCUGCUGACCAACCUCUCGGAGCACAUGCCCAACGACUCGCGGCUGCAGACCUUCCUGGAGCUGGCGGAGAGCGUGCUGCGCUACUUCCAGCCCUUCCUGGGCCGCAUCGAGAUCAUGGGCAGCGCCAAGCGCAUCGAGCGCGUGUACUUCGAGAUCAGCGAGUCCAGCCGCACGCAGUGGGAGAAGCCGCAGGUCAAGGAGUCCAAGCGCCAGUUCAUCUUCGACGUGGUCAACGAGGGCGGCGAGAAAGAGAAGAUGGAGCUCUUCGUGAACUUCUGCGAGGACACCAUCUUCGAGAUGCAGCUGGCGGCCCAGAUCUCCGAGUCGGACCUGAGCGAGCGGUCGGCCAGCAAGGAGGAGAGUGAGAAGGAGAAGCCAGAGGAGCAGAGCCCGAGGACGGGCUUCUUCUCCCUGCUGACCGUCCGCUCGGCCCUGCUGGCGCUCAGGCACAACCUGCUGACGCUCCUGCGCAUGCUCAGCCUGAAGAGCCUGAAGAAGCAGAUGAAGAAGGUGAAGAAGAUGACGGUGAGGGACAUGGUCACGGCGCUCUUCUCCUCCUACUGGGGGGCGCUGGCCAGCCUGCUGCACGUGGUGGCCAGCGUGCUGCGCGGCUUCUCCCGCAUCGUGGGCAGCCUGCUCCUGGGGGGCAGCCUGGUGGAGGGUGCGAAGAAGAUCAGGGUGGCGGAGCUCCUGGCCGACAUGCCGGACCCCACGCAGGACGAGGUGCGGGACGACGGGGAGGAGGGCGAGCGGAAGCCGCUGGAGGCCGCCCUGCCCUCGGAGGACCUCACCGACCUGAAGGAGCUGACGGAGGAGAGCGACCUGCUCUCGGACAUCUUCGGCCUGGACCUGAAGCGGGAAGGGGGGCAGUACAGACUCAUGCCUCAUAACCCCAACGCCGGCCUCAGCGACCUCAUGAGCAACCCAGACCCCGUUCCCGAGGCGCCAGAGAAAGUGCAGGAACAGGAGACAAAAGAGGAAGAAAAGGAAGAAAAAGAAGAAAACAGAUCGGAACCCGAGAAAGCCGAGGGAGAAGAUGGGGAGAAAGAAGAAAAGGCCAAAGACGAGAAGGGCCGGCAGAAGCUGCGGCUGAUCCACACGCACAGAUACGGGGAGCCCGAGGCCCCCGAGUCCGUGUUCUGGAAGAAGAUCAUCGCUUAUCAGCAGAAGCUUCUGAACUAUUUUGCUCGCAACUUUUACAACAUGAGAAUGUUGGCCUUAUUUGUCGCCUUUGCAAUCAACUUCAUCUUGCUCUUCUAUAAGGUCUCCACUUCUUCUGUGGUUGAAGGCAAGGAGCUCCCCCCUCGCAGCGCCAGCGAAAGCGCCAGAGUCAGCAGCCCCGAUGACGGCGGUGAGGACGCGCCGGGCGUCCUGGCGGUGCACUACGUGCUGGAGGAGAGCAGCGGCUACAUGGAGCCCACGCUGCGCAUCCUGGCCGUGCUGCACACCGUCAUCUCCUUCUUCUGCAUCAUCGGCUACUACUGCCUGAAAGUCCCGCUGGUUAUUUUUAAGCGCGAAAAGGAAGUAGCUCGGAAAUUGGAAUUUGACGGGCUUUACAUUACAGAGCAGCCUUCAGAAGACGAUAUUAAAGGCCAGUGGGAUCGACUCGUAAUCAACACACAGUCAUUUCCCAACAACUACUGGGACAAAUUUGUCAAAAGAAAGGUUAUGGAUAAAUACGGCGAGUUCUAUGGCCGGGACAGAAUCAGCGAGUUGCUUGGCAUGGACAAAGCCGCCCUGGACUUCAGCGACGCCCGGGAGAAAAAGAAGCCCAAGAAAGACAGCUCCCUGGCGGCGGUGAGAAACAAUGUGGACGUGAAGUAUCAGAUGUGGAAACUAGGAGUCGUUUUCACUGACAAUUCCUUCCUGUACCUGGCCUGGUACAUGACCAUGUCCGUGCUGGGGCACUACAACAACUUCUUCUUUGCUGCUCAUCUUCUCGACAUCGCGAUGGGGUUCAAGACGCUGAGGACCAUCUUGUCGUCAGUAACGCACAAUGGCAAGCAGCUGGUGUUAACCGUGGGCUUAUUAGCCGUUGUCGUGUACCUGUACACGGUGGUGGCAUUCAACUUCUUCCGAAAAUUCUACAAUAAAAGUGAGGAUGGAGACACACCAGAUAUGAAAUGUGACGACAUGCUGACGUGCUACAUGUUCCACAUGUACGUGGGUGUGCGAGCUGGAGGCGGCAUCGGCGAUGAGAUCGAGGACCCGGCGGGCGAUGAGUAUGAGAUCUAUCGGAUCAUCUUCGACAUCACCUUCUUCUUCUUCGUGAUUGUCAUCCUCUUGGCGAUAAUACAAGGUUUAAUCAUCGAUGCGUUUGGGGAACUGAGAGACCAGCAGGAGCAGGUCAAGGAGGACAUGGAGACUAAGUGCUUCAUCUGUGGGAUAGGCAACGACUACUUCGACACGGUGCCGCACGGCUUCGAAACCCACACCCUGCAGGAGCACAACCUGGCCAACUACCUGUUUUUCCUGAUGUAUCUCAUCAACAAGGACGAGACGGAGCACACGGGGCAGGAAUCUUACGUGUGGAAGAUGUACCAGGAAAGAUGUUGGGAGUUUUUCCCAGCCGGGGACUGUUUCCGGAAGCAGUAUGAAGACCAGCUGAAUUAAUUCAGACCCGAUCACCUAGAAACCCUAGCACCC